AGGGUGAUCUCAAAGGCCCAGAUGUCAGCAUUAAAGGUCCUAAAGUUGAUAUUGAGGGACCCGAGGCCAAAGGAAGUGGUUUCAAUAUUUCAAUGCCUACCAUGUCAUUGCCCAAGGUCAAGGUUCCUGACUUUGAUUUGAGUCUUAAAGGCCCAGAGGUGAAAGGUGAACAGGAUAUUGACCUCCCCUCUGCUGAUAUAAAGGGUGACAUCAAAGGACCCAAGGUGGACAUAGAUGAUCCUGAGGCUGAUAUUAAGGGUCCCAGUGGAUCAUUCCACAUGCCCAAAUUCAGAAUGCCCAAGUUUGGAUUCGGUAGUGGUAAAGUAGAAGGCCCCGAUGUCAAUAUUGAUGCAAAUCUUCCAGCUGGAGAUGUCAGUCUAAGUGGUCCAAAGAUAGAAGGUGAUGUUGAUGUACCUGACGUAGAUCUAGAUGUUGGUGGAGGCUCUGGUAAAAUCAAAGGCCCAAGACUUAAAAUGCCAGAUUUCAAUAUAUCAGGACCCAAGUUUGAAAAGCCAGAUUGGAAUUUGAAAUUCAGGGGCCCAAAAGCCGGAGCAGAUGUCGAUGUCCCAGAUGUUAAUCUCGAGGGUGAUCUCAAAGGCCCAGAUGUCAACAUUAAAGGUCCUAAAGUUGAUAUUGAGGGACCCGAGGCCAAAGGAAGUGGUUUCAAGAUGUCAAUACCUUCCAUAGGAUUGCCUAAAAUCAAGGGUCCUGAUUUUGAUUUGAGUCUCAAAGGCCCAGAUGUGAAAGCUGACCUCCCCUCUGCUGAUAUAAAGGGUGACAUCAAAGGAGCCAAGGUGAAUAUAGAUGUUCCUGAAGCUGAUGUCAAAGGUCACACUGGAAAGUUCCGGAUGCCACGGUUUAAAAUGUCUAAGUUCGGAAUAGGUGGAGGGAAAGUAGAAGGUCCCAGUAUGAAUAUUGAGACCAGCGUUCCUGCUGCAGAUGUCAGCCUAAGUGGUCCAAAGAUAGAAGGUGAUGUUGAUGUACCCAAAGUAGAUGUAGACAUUGGCGGUGGAAGUAAAAUCAAAGGACAUAAGUUUAAAAUGCCAGACGUUAGUCUUUCAGGACCUAAAGUCAAAUCACCUGACUUUGAUGUCAAGCUGCAAGGUCCAAAGAUCACUGGAGAUGUGGAUGUCCAUGAUGUUAAUCUCGAGGGUGAUCUCAAAGGACCAAAUGUGAAAAUUAAAGGUCCCAAAAUGGAGGGACCUGAUGCAAAAGGAAGUGGUUUCAAUAUUUCAAUGCCUUCCAUAGGGUUGCCCAAGAUCAAAGCUCCUGAUUUUGAUUUGAGUCUAAAAGGCCCAGAGGUAAAAGCUAAACAUGAUAUUGACCUCCCCUCUGCAGAUAUAAAAGGUGACAUCAAAGGUCCCAAGGUGGAUAUAGAUGUUCCUGAGGCUGAUAUUAAGGGUCCCAGUGGAUCAUUCCACAUGCCCAAAUUCAAAAUGCCCAAGUUUGGAUUCGGUGGUGGUAAAGUAGAAGGCCCCGAUGUCAAUAUUGAUGCAAAUCUUCCAGCUGCAGAUGUCAGUCUAACUGGUCCAAAGAUAGAAGGUGAUAUUGAUGUACCUGAUGUAGAUCUAGAUAUUGGUGGAGGCUCUGGUAAAAUCAAAGGCCCAAAACUUAAAAUGCCAGAUUUCAAUUUAUCAGGACCCAAGUUUCAAAAGCCAGAUUGGAAUUUGAAAUUCAAGGGCCCAAAGGCCACAGCAGAUGUCGAUGUCCCAGAUGUUAAUCUCGAGGGUGAUCUCAAAGGCCCAGAUGUCAACAUUAAAGGUCCUAAAGUUGAUAUUGAGGGACCCGAGGCCAAAGGCAGUGGUUUCAAUAUUUCAAUGCCUUCCAUGUCUUUGCCCAAGAUCAAGGUUCCUGACUUUGAUUUGAGUCUCAAAGGUCCAGAGGUGAAAGGUGAACACGAUAUAGACCUCCCCUCUACCGAUAUAAAGGGUGACAUCAAAGGUCCCAAGGUGGAUAUAGAUGUUCCUGAGGCUGAUAUUAAGGGUCCCAGUGGAUCAUUCCACAUGCCCAAAUUCAAAAUGCCCAAGUUUGGAUUCGGUGGUGGUAAAGUAGAGGGCCCCGAUGUCGAUAUUGAUGCAAAUCUUCCAGCUGCAGAU